UAAAAGUCACUGAUGCUAUCAAACGGUCCUCGCUAAAGUGGGGUGAAAGGCGGACUUGCUCAUCAUCUCGUCGGGGCACGCCGUUUCGACAAGGAUGGAUCAUAACCGGGGGAUACCACCGUGGUCCUGGACUAAGUCUCCCGGAACGGGCAAAGCGUACAUCGGAGUACUUCUGGUGAUUCAUUUGGUGCUCCACGCGGAGGCCUCGGCGUCCAAGUCGUGCGAUAAAUACUGCUUUUCAGGGAAGUGCAUCAAUGGAUCGUGCGUGUGUGACCACGGAUGGGUCGGGGACCACUGCCAGCAUUGUCAGGGGAGAUUCAAGUUGACGGAUCUGUCAGGCUUGAUCACGGAUGGGCCAACCAACUAUAAGUACAAGACCAAGUGUACCUGGCUAAUAGAGGGAUAUCCAAAUGCAGUGCUGAGACUCCGCUUCAAACACUUUGCUACCGAGUGCAGCUGGGAUCAUAUGUAUGUGUAUGAUGGAGACUCAAUAUACGCCCCCUUGAUAGCCGUCUUCAGUGGUCUAGUAGUUCCAGAGACCAGGGAUAAUGAGAUGGUCCCAGAGGUGGUGGCGACAUCUGGCUACGCCCUGCUCCACUUCUUCAGCGACGCUGCCUACAACCUGACCGGAUUCAACAUAGCCUACUCGAUAAACUCGUGCCCUAACAACUGUUCGGGUCACGGCAGAUGCAGUGCGGCGAACUCGGUGUCCGGCCGCAUGUACUGUGAGUGUGACGAGUACUGGAAAGGAGAAGCCUGUGACAUCCCUUAUUGCAGGGACAACUGCGGCAGCCCAGACCACGGCUACUGUGACCUGACCGGAGAGAAGCUCUGUGUCUGCAACGACAGCUGGCAAGGUCCGGACUGCGCUCUCUCUGUCCCGUCCACCGAGGCCUUCUGGAUCCUGCCCACUGUCAAACCAUCAGCCCAGUCACUGGGGCGGGCCUCCCACCGAGCCGUGGUCCACUCUGGCCUCAUGUGGGUGGUCGGAGGCUACUCGUUCAACUAUUCCUACUACCACAUGGUUCUCAACUACAACCUUGAGACUAGUACAUGGGAUGCGGUGCCCACCAGCAAUGGUCCUCUCUACAGAUAUGGACACUCUCUAGCUCUUUAUCAGGACGACAUCUACAUGUUUGGCGGGAAGCUGGAGAUGGGAAGCGCCAAUGUGACAGAUGAGCUGUGGAUUUUCAACAUCCCCCGACGCACCUGGUCCCAACAGAAACCUGUCCCACUCCCCCCCUAUGCGCUGGAAGGACAUUCUGCCCACGUGGUGGAGUUUUCCAAUGGCGAGCCAGUGAUGGUGGUCUUCUUCGGCUAUUCACCGAUCUACAGCUAUGUCAGCAAAGUUCAGGAGUACAACAUCAGGUCUAACUCAUGGCAGGUUGUGUCUACCAGCGGUGCGGUGGUCCAGGGUGGGUAUGGCCACAGCAGCGUGUAUGACAAGGCCAGCGGCUGUGUUUUUAUUCACGGGGGCUACAGGGUCCUGAGCAACAACAAAUAUGGCCUGGUGGACCACAUGUACCGCUACCACAUCCACACGCGCACAUGGCUUAUCCUGAGGGAGAGUGGACUGGCGCGGUACCUCCACUCUGCGGUGCUGCUGAGUGGCACAGUACUGGUUUUUGGAGGGAACACACACAACGACACGUCGCUAAGCAACGGAGCCAAGUGCUUUUCCGCUGACUUUCUGGCAUAUGAUAUAGCAUGUGACAAAUGGACAGUCCUUCCCAGGCCAGGACUGCACAGGGACAUCAACCGUUUUGGGCAUUCAGCUGUGGUUAGCAACGGGUCCAUGUACAUCUUUGGAGGUUUUUCUGGGAUUCUGCUGAACGAUGUGCUGGCUUACACCCCUCAGUCCUGCCAUGCGUUCUCUGACCAAACCCAUUGUGUUAAUGCUGGGCCAGGCUUCCGCUGCCAGUGGGUCAGAGGUGACUGUGAACCCUGGGAGCCCCACCUGGACAACCACAUUGUACCUGUGCCGCUGUGCCCGUCUCGACCCGCCAGUACAGAUGAGCAGUGUUUCAGGUUCUCAGAUUGUGCCAGCUGUACUGCCAAUACAUUGGGCUGUCAGUGGUGUGAGGACAGGAAGUGUAUUUCAGCCUACAGCAACUGCACCAUGCUGACUCUGGAGCUGGCUCAUCAGCAUGGCGGUGCCUUGUCUCUGUCUCCCCCUCCGUCAAUGUUGUCUGAACACCAGCUGAGCUUAUGGAAACAUGGAGCCAGAAGGACGGGUCAUUCUGUGCGGGACCCAUUCAGGUGUAAGCUCAGAGAGGAGCAAGAGUGCUCCAGGCUGCCUAACUGUAGGAGCUGCUCCCUAAACCUUAAUUGUCAGUGGGACCCACAGCAACAGGAGUGCCAUGCUCUACCUGGCCAGCUUUGCGGGGAGGGCUGGCACCAUGUUGCGGAGGCCUGCCUACGGAUCAACUCCAGCAGAGAGAGCUAUGACAAUGCUCAGCACUACUGUAAGAACCUUGGUGGGAAUAUUGCCUCACUGGUCACAGAUAAACAGGUUGACUUCAUUCUUGAGGAGCUAAACAAGUAUGAACUACACGACAAGAGAUUAUCUCCAUGGGUGGGUCUGAGGAAGAUCAACGUGUCCUACUGGGGUUGGGAGGAUGCCUCUCCCUUCACCAACAGCAGCCUCCGCUGGCUCCCAGGGGAACCCAGCGACUCGGGCUUCUGUGCCUACCUGGAACGGGCGCAGGUGGCUGGCCUCAAAGCCAACCCCUGCACCGCCACUACUGAUGGCCUGAUCUGCGAAAAGCCUGCUGUGAGUCCGCUCAGCCAGAGUGCCCGUCCCUGCAAGACCCCAUGCACACUGCGAACCAGCUGUGCCAACUGCACCAGCCAAGCUAUGGAGUGCAUGUGGUGUAGUAGUACCCAGCGCUGUGUGGACUCCUCCGCCUAUGUCAUCUCAUUCCCCUACGGCCAGUGUCUGGAGUGGCAGACCCAGGACUGCACUGCCCAGAACUGCUCAGGCAUGAGGACGUGUGAGGAUUGUUUGAGUCAGGUGGCGUGUGGCUGGUGUGGGGACCCCACUGAUACAGGCAGGGGCGUCUGCAUGGAGGGCUCCUACCGCGGGCCCAUGAGGCAUGCUACUGCCAGGGUUGGCCCCCGAGAUCGAGAAAGAGACCGUCUCAGAGACAGGGACAUGUUGCUGGAUGCUACUCAGUGUUCAGCCGACAGAGGAUACAACUGGGCCUUCAUCCACUGCCCCGCAUGCCAGUGCAAUGGCCACAGCAGGUGUGUGAACGGCAGUGUGUGUGAGCAAUGCGGGAACCUCACCACCGGGUCCCAUUGUCAAAACUGCAUGGCUGGUUACUACGGUGACCCCACCAACGGAGGGAAGUGCAACGCUUGUAAGUGCAAUAACCACGCCAAUGUGUGCCAUGUCAACACAGGGAAGUGCUUCUGUACCACCAAGGGCAUCAAGGGCGACCAGUGCCAACUGUGUGAUUCAGAGAAUCGUUACCUUGGCAACCCUCUCCGAGGAACAUGCUACUACAACCUGUUGAUUGAUUACCAGUUCACCUUCAGUCUUCUUCAGGAGGAUGACCAAUACUAUACAGCCAUCAACUUCAUGGCUACACCUGAACAGGCCAACAAGAAUCUUGACAUGUCCAUUAAUGCCUCCAACAACUUCAACCUGAAUGUCACUUGGUCUUUGAGCUCAACAGCUGGGACCAUCUCAGGUGAGGAAAUGCCCAUCUUGGCGAGGAACAACAUCAAGGAGCACAGAGACAGUUUCUCCUGCGAGAAGUUCAACUUCAGGCUUCACCACAACAUCACCUUCUAUGUUUACAUCUCGAACUUCAGCUGGCCCAUCAAGAUCCAGAUUGCUUUCUCACAGCAUAACAGCAUCAUGGAUUUGGUGCAGUUCUUUGUGACCUUCUUCAGUUGUUUCCUGUCCCUGUUACUGGUGGCAGCUGUGGUUUGGAAAAUCAAACAGACCUGCUGGGCCUCCCGACGCAGAGAGCAACUAAUGAGGGAGCGACAGCAGAUGGCCAGCCGUCCCUUUGCUUCAGUUUCCGUGGCGCUGGAGGUGGGCGGCGAUCAGGAGGACCUGCUACAGACGGUGCCUAAACCCAUAGCCAUGGAACCAUGUUGGGGGAGCAGAGCAGGUGUUUUGACAGUGCUGCUGUGUCUCCCCAGAGUACCCUCUGGAAUACCACCACCUGGACAGUCAGGCAUUGCCAUAGCCAGUGCCCUGGUGGAUACGUCACAGCAAAGAGUGAUGGACUUCAAAGACAGAGGCCUGGGUCUGAAGCACCGAAAACAGCACACUGUGCACCACCAAGGGACCUGUGUUUGAUUCAGCCAGCCAAGACUGGAGGGCAGCAUAUCCAUCAGAUCGUCAGGUCAUUUUUACUUAGGAUUUUUUUAUGGACUUUUUUCCACUGAAAAGGAAAUAUUUCAAGUAAAGGCAAAGCCCCAGCUUGAGCAGUGGAUGGUGGUUGAUCUAAAACUGGUGGGAUGCCAAAGAGAAGAGUGGAGGCACUAUGCCGUUGACAAGCACCCACACAGGAAAAUUAUGGUCACAGUCCCUUCCUUUAUGACUUAUGAAGACCUUUUUUUUUUUUUUUUUUGAUAUUCUUUCUCACUCAUUUUGCUUGUUUUUGUUGGUCUCAAAAAUUUUAUGGUGCCCACAGUGCUGACCAAAAAACAAAAACCAACCUUUUUGCUGAUUGUUGAAGAGGAUGUCUCCUUUGGACGGACCCCCGUCAGUCCAUUGGUGAGAAAUUAUUCACCCUCCUCUUCCUCCUCGGGCUCUGCACAGGGUUACAGGGCUCAAACUGCCUGCCUGUCAUGCUGGCAAGUAUAUAAAAUUAAAACUAGCAAAAACUUUUUUUUUUAAUCAAACUGAACUUUUGAGCUCAGCUGGAUGAUAUAGUGAUGAACUUGUCUGUGUUCGAGUGCUCUGACCUUGUAUCCAGCCAAGCCCAGCUGUGUGAGCUAUGGUGGAAAUGGACAACAUUAAACUAUCUGGACUAAUACAACACAGCUUGCUAUUUAGGCAGUGUUUAUGUAGUGGACUUUGUCCAGAGAGAGUCUCCUUGAAAGACAGCUGCUGUGGUGGGAUUGAAGAAAAAAACAUCUUGUUAUGAGGUUUAUUGGAUGUAAUUGUCGCUGUCCACAUUUUACUGUCCGCCUCAUUUAUUUAAUACGUGUGAUUUUAUUUUCUCCCCCACAUCAAUAUUUUGGUUUCUGGACCUUGAUUCUGCUCAGGUGUUCUGCAUUACAAAGGUUGCAUCCUCUAUGGUAUAGCUAUGGUUUCUACAGUGUAUGCCUGUGGAAGUUAUGGGCCUUAAACACAUCUGUAUGCACUAAGAGAAAUGCUUUACCACUACGUUAGGACCCUCGGUGGGAAAAUAUUAUGCAAUAGAACAUCCAAAUAUCAUGUUUAUCAUAAGCUAUGAUGAGGUCACCACAAUGUCUUUGUGAUCAAAGAGUUACAUACUACUGAUGGUAUUCAAUUUUUUGGUAAGUCCCCCCCUUACUGUGAAACAACAGUAUAUGUCUAUCCUCCACCAAACUAAUUCAGUAAAUAUCAUGUUUGUUGAGUUUAUUUGUGAUCUAACAAUGUUUGGGUGAAACGCAUAUCUAAUUACGUAUUACUGUCUGUAUUUAUCAAUUAUGAUUAUGCAACUAACUUCUAAAAUAACACUUUUGUUUAUGAAGUAAAAUUUUGCAAAUGCACUAAGGGUUUUUAUGCAGAAACACUAAAUGUUUCAAUUCAUAUUUACUAUGUGUGCAGUAUCACUCAGAGAAAUUUUCCUUUGGUUUCAGAGGUUUUUUUUUUUUAUUCCGCCCCUUAAAUCCUGAAUAAUUUUCUUUACAUAUCAAAAAUGUUGAUAUUUUAUUCAUGUCAUAUCAAGGUUUUUGUGAAUUAAAGAGUUUUCCUUUGUUCUUAUGUUAAUCCAAUGCAUUUCAUGUUCCCAAAUCACUUUUUAAUCAAAUGCAAAUACACAGUACAGCGAUGUCUUUAUGCACUUGCAGUACCUUCUAUGUAUACAUUUAACCCAUUGGAUUUUUGAUCAGGUAACUGUGUUCAUGUAGCAUCAGUGUAAUUUUGCACAAAUUUCUUGUUGUUCAGAUUUGUAUAAACAAAGGGCAGCUCACCACAUUUUUUUUGUGUAUACGAUCAUUAAAAAUAUGUACAUUUACA